GGAGGAAGGUGUAAGCUGGUGGAGAGUUGCGUCAUCAGAACGCGUCCUAGGAGGUGUCGCACAACAAUGACGCACCUCUGCUGUCCCGUCCUGGCGCGUCUCUGCGCUCUCUCGGCGUGUGACUCGGGAGCUCGUGUCGCCCUACGCGGUCGGUAAAGCUGUGCUCGAAAACGUAUCCAGAUAAUACACAUCAGUGUUUUGUUGCUGUCUUGCUCCUUGUCUUUACAUUCACCUGAAGCCAGCCGGCAGUGAGCUUUUUUUUGUCCUCCACCCCUGCGCUAUGAGCAGAGGUAGAGGAAGAAACUCCAAAGAGAACCAGCGAUUCUCCCUCCCGAGUCCCCAAAGCAAAUCGGGUCAAGGAUUUUUCCAAACUUUCCCAGCUCACUCCAGAACAACUCAAGUCCCAAGCCAAAACGCUAGUUCCGGCAGGUUCCAACAACUCCCACUUUACUCAUCUACUGGCCCUCCUGGAGGGCCUGUCAGUGGUCCUUCUCCGUCAUCAACAAAUAGAGGGAUUUGUGUUGACGAGGCAGCCGAAUUUCACCAGCAGCAAAUUCUGUUCCUCAGAGGGCAGAGUGCUGAGGCACCAAGGUUCGCACCACCCCGGACUGAGCACCUCGACAGUCCUCCCCAGUGUCAGACAGCAUAUUAUAAUAAGCCUCGCAGCUCUGCGAGAAGAGGGGAUUAUAGUCAAGGUGGAGCAAGUUGGAAGAAAGGGUAUAACUCUAACUACUAUCCUAGAACUAAAUCUGACUGGGAGCAACAUCACUUAAGAAGCCAGAAUUAUCAGUAUCAGUGUGACAUCUCUGGAUUGUCAUCGUCUUUUAAUGCUGUGUCACUAGAGAGUUUUGAUACAGCCUCGUCCUUCCGUAGUUCUGGAAGUAGGGUUUCCCAGCCAUUUAACUCCAGUAGAUAUUCCUUGGAGCUGACGCCUGAAAUCCAAAGGCAGGUCCUCAGUGCUUUGGCCUCAUUGCCACUUGGUGAAACCCUCCAGGCCAAAUUCUUGGCCAAAAGGCUUCGAUUGCCUAAGAAGAUCAUUAACCAAGCGCUGUACAGCUUAUCCAAGUCUAACCAAGCGUUAAAGGUAAAAGAGAAUCCUCCUCUUUGGAGACUCUUUACAAAAGGUGAUACUGAAUCCUCUUACGGAGGAACCCAGUUUAGAGUAAAAACUGAAAAGUGUGCUAAGGAUACAUGUCUAAAUAAAACCCAAGGUGUUUGUGAGGAAGUAAAACAGGACAGCAAUUUGACCAGUGCAACAUCAACCGCUACCGAGGCCAGUAGUGAUUCCACUGAGGAAUCUGCAAACGACAGUUCCUCAGACACUGAGCAGACUGUAGACACAUUUUUAUCCACUGAACAGGAAUCAGGACUUUCUAUAACAAUGGAAGCAAAAGAGCAAAUCUUUCAGUAUCUUCAUAAGACUGGCCAAGCCAGUGCAUUGAUGAUUGCCAAAAACUUGGGCUUGCGAAAUGCCAAGCAAGUUAAUCCUACACUUUAUGCCAUGGAAAAGCAUGGCGAUCUCAGCCGCAACUCCAGCAGUAUCGCACCUGUUUGGGAGCUGACUACUCACCAGCGUGAGAAGAUGGACCGACAGCGAAAAGCAGCCGUUGGUGCCUCUAUAAUGCAAAGGGAAUCAGGGCAUUGUGGAACGCCAGGCGCAAUGAAGGCUGCACAAACACCCUCAAAGAUGGCAUGUGGAUCCGAGUUGUCGGAAGAAGUGAUGAACUGGGAGAACCUCCCAACUGGUGGCAAGGAUGGUACGUUUGGGAACGGAAUGCUUGAAAAGAGGUCACAUUCUCCUAUGGACUCUAUUCCUCAUCCUAAAAAAAAUCCCUCAGAGUACACUGACCUUACAUCUGCUCCCUACUCAUCCCAUGAUGCCUCAUAUUACCAGGCAGAUGCGAAGAACGGAGGACAUUCGGAGUGGGCAUCGGACGAUAUCCCAGAAUUUCUGAACACAAUCAGAUCAGAGGUGGCUGUGUCCCUGGCUGCACCUCUUCCUCCAGCCCAGAAUAUGGAGACCAGCAGGUUGCAGAGACUGAGACUGGCACUCAGCAAGAACCCUGUCAGUGGCCUAAUGGAGUACGCACAGUACCUUGGCUACAACUGUGAAUUCCUUCUGCUGGAGCAGUCAGGACCCUCACAUAACCCUAGGUUUCGGAUGCAAGUGAUGCUCGAUGGACGUAGGUUCCCACCAGCUGAAGCCUCAAGCAAGAAAGUGGCAAAAAAGGUUGCAUCUGAAGAGACCCUUCGAACUCUCUACAAAGAGCUAGAGGGAACUGCUAGCCUAGAGGAUGAAGCAGAGCCGGCUGCUAUGCCAUUCGCCGAACCGAACGAUUUGAAUGAUGAUUAUUUAGAGAGUUUGGAGGAGCCGCCUAAGGUCUUGACUCGCUCCCUCCCAGGCGGCAAGAACCCUGUUUCCGUUCUAAUGGAGCACAGCCAACGUAGUGGCAACGCCAUCGAGUUCAUCAAUACCGGGCAGGAUGGUCCGGCACAUGACCCGCGCUUCAUGUUCCAAGUAAAGAUUGGGCCCAGUCUUUACCCGGUGGCGUCAGCACCCAGUAAAAAGGCAGCACGGCAACUGGCGGCAGAGGAAGCUGUGAAGGUCCUUCUGGCAGAGGGACAACUGCAGCUCAACAAGCCACAGCACUCAUUCUGUCCCCUUGGCGAAGGCGAUUCAGCCCCGGCAAUGCCCCCGUGCCCAUCAUUGCCCCCGCUGACAGCGGCUGAGCUCCAGGCGGCGCAUGAAGCCGGAGUAGGCGAUCUGAUCAACCACUUAAACAACAACGCAGUGUCGGGCCUGCUGGAGUACGCACGCUCACGAGGCUUUGCUGCUGAGAUCCGCCUGGUGGGCCAGUCAGGACGUGCACAUGAGCCACGCUUUACCUAUCAGGCGAAGCUGGGAGGACGCUGGUUUCCUGCGGUGUGCGCCAGCAAUAAAAAGCAGGGCAAGCAGGAGGCAGCCGAUGCAGCUCUCCGAGUGUUGAUAGGAGAGGCGGAAAAGGCGGCACGUACCGGCGAGCUCACGGCAGAGUUGCCAGUGUCGGGUAGCACUCUGCACGACCAGUUCGCCAUGUUGAGUCACCAGCGUUUCAAUGCUCUCACGGCUCGCAUUCAGCACGGCCUUUUGGGUAGGAAAAUCCUUGCCACGAUCAUCAUGAAGAAAGGCGAUGACAGCCUGGGCACAGUAGUCAGCCUUGGGACGGGAAAUCGCUGCGUUAAAGGAGAAGAACUGAGUCUUAAAGGUGAUACCGUUAACGACUGCCACGCUGAAAUCAUUUCCAGAAGAGGCUUCAUCCGAUUUUUGUACAGCGAGUUAAUUAAGCGCUGGGAUAGUCCCGGAGAGGACAACAUAUUUCAGGUCGCAGAGGACGGCUUGCUCAAGAUCAAAGACAACAUCACGUUCCAUCUGUACAUCAGCACGGCUCCAUGUGGGGACGGCGCACUCUUCGAUAAAUCGUGCACCGAAUUAGCGGAGGUCACCGGCUCGGCUCACAUGCCUUUGUUUGAGAAUGUUAAACAGGGCAAGCUCAGGACCAAAGUGGAAAACGGCGAGGGUACGAUCCCGGUGGAGUCGAGUGCCAUCGUGCCCACUUGGGACGGCAUUCAGCAUGGGGAACGCCUCAGAACCAUGAGCUGCAGCGACAAGAUCAUGCGCUGGAACGUUCUGGGCCUGCAGGGGGCUCUGCUCAGCCACUUCAUGCACCCCGUGUACCUUCAGUCCAUUACUCUGGGGUACCUGUACAACCACGGUCAUUUGACUCGAGCCGUGUGCUGCCGAUUGGCCAGAGAGGGCUGCGAGCUAACUAAAAGCUUACCUCCUCACUUCACACUUCGACACCCAGAGGUCGGCAGAGUGAGUGUAUACGACUCAACGCGGCACACGGGAAAAACCAAAGAGUCCAGUGUGAAUUGGAGCCUGCCAGACAAGCUGAAAGUGGAGGUCCUGGAUGGCACCAAGGGCAAAGUAGACAGUCCAAAGCUGGAAGUGUCCCGUGUUUCCAAGUCCAACAUGUUCCGUCUUUUCCGAGACGUGUGCAGGAGGAGCGGUCGGAGCGAUCUGCUAGCGAUGACCUCGUACUCUAACGCCAAGAUGGCCUCUUCCUCCUUCCAGCUAGCCAAGGAGCAGUUCUACAAGUCUCUGAGUCAGAUGGGUUACGGAACCUGGAUCGGCCGGCCGCAAGAGGAGAAGAGCUUUGAGGCGGAGGAAACCGAAGCUCAGAACUUGGUUUCAGCACCGUAAUGGACCAGAGGAGGGUUGAAGGAGGGAGGAGGGGGGAAGGAAAUGAGCAACGAGCAAUUGGAAUUUUUUUUGGGUGGUUGGAGAAAGAUGGCUGAAGAGAGGACAAACGAGAGCGUCAACCUGAGACAGAGAAAGAGAGUGGGGAAAGAGUUGAAGAUCUUGUUUGGAUCAUUCAGCCUGGGUUGGUUUGGGAUGAGAAAGAAAACUGGUUAAAAAAAAAAAAAAGCCCACUCAUAUUUAGGAAUGACAUAUAUUUCUUUGUUAUGCAUCAAGACCUAUAUGAUUGCUCUCUCUUACUCUUUCUAUCUCUUGUUCUCUUUGGCGUGGGGGUUGGAGGGAGAUGUGCAUAUAAGGGGAGAUCAUAACGUCUUUAUUUCAAAUGAACCCCACCUGCUAAAAACAGUUGUAUACCAUUUCUAGAUAUUACAUUACAAACCGAAAUAAGAGGAUGCUGUAAGUGCCUCAUCUCCCCUCGUAGCAGUUAAUGGGCUUUCUCUCAGUUCUCUUUGUCCCCAUCUUUCUCUUUCUCACCUACAGAAUACUUGUUACUGGCUGAGGUUGAAAAGUGCAGAGCAAGGAGCUUCAUUAUUUUUCCUUUGGCCAAAAACAACCACUUUUCAUUCUCAUUCCCCGAACUCCUGGUCGAAUUAUGACACCGUGACUACAGCAGGUCUAAGUGGCUAGUCAGUGUAUACUACACCGACUCCCCCAUUCCUUUCUGCUCUUUCUCUCUCCAUAUAUAUAUAUAUAUAUAUAUAUAUAUAUAUAUAUAUAUAUAUAUAUAUAUAUACAUGAUCCUUUCAGCUCUACCUUAUGGGUAAUCCCUGUUGAGCUCAUUCAUAUAGUUUGUACACAUAGGUUUGACAAAAUGUAUACAUAAUGUACAUACAGAUACAUACACUCACAAAUGUAUAUAAGGUCUCUUCACACCAUGUGCGAGUUUAUAUACAUGUGUGUGUUUAUGUAUAUGUAUAUAUUGUAUGUAUAUAUUUUAUAAAGUUUCAUAAAUCGGCGUCGCGUUCCGACCAAUGUUGACAGGUGCGUCCAAAUAUUAUUGGAACCAUCCAAUAUCGUCGCCCCGACAUUCCCACGUCCAGUUUUGUGGAAAAAAAUGCAGUUCCUUCACAAUUUCUGUGAGCGAGCAUAUGUGCGUUUGACGUGUUUUAUUAUCUGUUCUUUUUUUUUUUUUUUUAUCGGUCUAAAUAAGAGACCCGCAUUCUCUCGUGACUUUCUUGAGUGAAAAAAAAAACUUUAAAUAAUAAAUCUAUUCCAUUCAGAAUUUAUCGCAGAACGAUUUUAAUUUUGAUUUCUUGAUUUUAGUUGACUGGAAUCUGAUAUGUCCUGUCUUUUGUUUUAAAAUAAAUCUUAGUACUUGAAA